AUUCGAUCUAAACAAGUGUCGACGCCCCCGCAGACGUAGACUUCAGAUUUUCUAGCAGUGUUCACUUGUUAUGAUUAAUUUGAAGAAAAAGAUAGAAGAAGAUAGUAGAAGGAAGUCGGAAGGCAGACGGAGACUAGGCACUCAAGCGAACGUACGCAUGAAGCUACUGACAAAAGAGGUACAAGAUCUUGGCGUGAGCUUACCAAAGACUUGCAAGAUUGACUGCGACGAUGUGAAUGAUCUGAAACUGCUGCUCGUCACGGCGUCGCCCGAUGAAGGAUAUUGGAAAGGAGGGUCGUUUGUGUUUGGUGUGUAUAUUCCUGAGGAAUACAAUCUGCAGCCACCUACGGUAACAUGCAAAACAAGACUCUGGCAUCCAAACAUCACCGAGAAUGGCGAAAUAUGCCUAAGUUUGCUAAGAGAGAGUGCUCCAGAUGGCAGUGGGUGGUCACCGUGUCGAACUCUGAAGGAUAUCGUUUGGGGCAUCAACUCACUGUUUACAGAUUUGUUAAACUUUGAUGAUCCUCUCAAUAAAGAGGCAGCAGAUCUGUAUAGUGAAGACAAGGACAUGUUUGCAAAGAAGGUGAAAGAUUAUAUCCACCGGUAUUGUCAACCAUCAUGACGACCGUAUACACACAAUUGUCCAAGAAGAUAGUGUAGUCAGAAUUUUAUUUAAAGUCAGUAGUAUGAGCUCUAUGGACAUUUGCAAGAGCUAGAGCAAUAUAAAUUGACUUUGCCGGUUUGCAAAUUUAGUGUACAUGUAUUGGAAGAGGACUAAUAUAGCAAGAUGUUGAUUGUAUUGAUGGUUUUAA